ACCCCUCUCGCGCCGCUGCCUGUGCCUUGCAAGCACUAGCGAUGGCUACGGCCCCAACCCUUUUGCUAGUCGAAGACUAAAGCUCCCGGCGCGGCCCCAGUCCCGAUGGCGGCGGCGGCGGCGGCCCUAGCCGCGGCCGGCGCCCCUCCUGCAAUUCCUCAGGCGGCAGGAGCCGGAGGGCCCACCGCCCGCCGAGACUUCUACUGGCUUCGCUCUUUCCUGGCCGGAGGUAUUGCAGGAUGCUGUGCUAAAACAACAGUUGCUCCUUUGGAUCGAGUAAAGGUUUUGUUACAAGCUCACAAUCACCACUAUAAACAUUUAGGAGUAUUUUCUACAUUGCGUGCUGUUCCCAAAAAGGAGGGAUACCUUGGAUUGUAUAAAGGGAAUGGUGCAAUGAUGAUUCGAAUCUUUCCCUAUGGUGCAAUCCAGUUUAUGGCGUUUGAGCAUUAUAAAACGUUGAUUACUACAAAGCUGGGAAUUUCUGGUCACGUGCACAGAUUAAUGGCUGGAUCCAUGGCAGGUAUGACAGCAGUUAUCUGUACUUACCCUCUUGACAUGGUUAGAGUACGCCUAGCAUUCCAAGUGAAGGGGGAGCACACUUACACAGGAAUUAUUCAUGCAUUCAGAACAAUUUAUGCAAAGGAAGGUGGUUUCCUUGGAUUUUACAGAGGCCUGAUGCCUACUAUAUUAGGAAUGGCUCCAUAUGCAGGUGUUUCAUUUUUUACUUUUGGUACCUUAAAGAGUGUUGGGCUUUCCCAUGCUCCUACCCUUCUUGGCAGACCUUCAUCAGACAAUCCUAAUGUCUUAGUUUUGAAAACUCACAUAAACUUACUUUGUGGUGGUGUUGCUGGAGCAAUAGCACAGACAAUAUCCUAUCCAUUUGAUGUAACUCGUAGGCGAAUGCAAUUAGGAACUGUUCUUCCAGAAUUUGAAAAGUGCCUUACCAUGUGGGAGACGAUGAAGUAUGUAUAUGGACACCAUGGAAUUCGAAAAGGAUUGUAUCGUGGUUUAUCUCUGAACUACAUUCGCUGCAUUCCCUCUCAAGCAGUGGCUUUUACAACAUAUGAACUUAUGAAGCAAUUUUUUCACCUCAACUGAAAAAUUAUGAUUUGCUUUCCUAAACAAACUCUCAGAGGGACAAGUAAAAUGUUACUUUAAUUUUGGGAAGAACAUUACUUGAAGGGGGGAUAUUUACCCUGUCACAGGAAUCACUGGUAUUUAAUACUUGAUCUUUUUCAUUCAUCACAAAUCAAGAGCACUUGCUAUACCUUUAAUACCAAAAGCUGCACCAUAGAACAUUGAGAAAAAAUUCCUAAACUGAUGCUGGCUAAUCAGUUAGGUUGUUUAGGUUGAAAUGAUUUAAAAGUGUUAUUUGGAAGUAGAACUAACUUAAAAUGGGAUUCCGAAGGUUGCCAUUAACUUAUAAUGCUGUUCUAAGCUUUUAAUUGUAAUCAUGAUAUUCCAAGAUUCUGCUACUGGUUAUUAUCAUUAUAAUAAGCAGGCUUUGCAGCAGAAGGACAAGAAAUGAACUUUUAAGUUACAUAACCCAUAGCUGAGAAGCCAGCAUUGGAAUAUUACUGUUUUUCUUCUUAAAACUGCUCCAUUAAGCCCUGGCUGGCGUAGCUCAGUGGAUUGAGCGUGGGCUGGGAACCAAAGUGUCCCAGGUUCGAUUCCCAGCCAGGGUACAUUCCUGGGUUGCAGGCCAUAACCCCCAGCAACCACACAUUGAUGUUUCUCUCUCUCUCUCUCUCCCUCCCUUCCCUCUCUAAAAAUAAAUAAAUAAAAUAUUAAAACAAACAAACAAAAAAAAAAACUGCUCCAUUGGAUAAAGGGACAAAACUCUUUUUCUCUUCAUUAAAAACAAAAUCAUUGUAUUUAAAAAGUAGUCAUGUAGAGACUCAGCAAUAAAUGAAGAAUUUUCAGGUAUUGCUCAAAUGUUAUUACCAGGUAUUAUGACUGAUUUGUAUAUUUUAAAAAGUCAGUGUAUUUCCCAAAGGCAGUAAUAGUAAAUACUGCCUGCUCUAAAAACAGAUUAGCAUUAUAGAUUUGUUUUGUUAAAUGAUUUGGUGUAUAGUAGAAAAUAUGUUUAAGUGGACCAUGAAAUAUCCAUGAACAUAGAUGUGAAUGUCAAAGACUGUUUCUAAACAUUGUCAUGAUACAUUUCCAACUAGUUCUUCCAUGUAAAAUAAUUUUAGUGCAAUAUAAACUUAAGUAGCAAUGCAAAAAUUAUUUGAAUUGCUAUCCUUUAUAUUAAAAUGGUUUAAAAUGUAAGAAUUCCAUUUAUUGUAUUUAGAAUACUUUGUAUGUUUUAUUAUAAGCAUGAUAAAGAUGGGAGGGAAACACAGUUUUGUUCUCAGAAAUAGUGAUUUGUAGAAUUGAUGUGUAUUUAAGACAUUAGAAAACCAAGUUGAAAGUGUUAUUUCUGCUCAAAUUUUUAUUUUUUGCAUAAAAAUUUCUUGUCACACCUUAGUAAAAAUUAGAUGAACUGGUUUCAUUUUCAAAGUCUUUAUUUUAAAACAAAUAUGUAUCUUUGUAUGAUUUUGUAAGUGUAUGUGCACGUGGAAAUACAUGUGUUCCUAAAACUUACGUAAUUUUUAUUUUUUUCCUUUUUAUAGAAUUUAUUGGGAUGACACUGGUUAACAAAAUACAGGUUUCAGGUUCACAAUUCCAUAACACAUCAUCUGUACACUGUAUUGUGUGUUCACCACCUGAAGUCAAGCCUCUGUCCAUCACCAUUUAUUCCCCCACACCCUCCUCCACCCCACCUCCCACCCUGCGAUUACUGCAGUCCUCCCUCCCCCACAGCUGCUCUCUAUGUGUCUGUCUCUAUCCUAAAACUAUUUUGUGUAUUUUAAUUUCUGGACUACACUAUAACUAAAUAUUGUCAUCAAAUCUCAAGAUUAUUUAAAUGUAUAAAAUAAGUAUCUCAGUUAUGUUAUCAAUAAAAAGGACUGAAAAUAUUUUAAAAAUA